CACGUGAACUCCGGUAGCCAAUCCAAAUGUGUACUUUUCCUUCUCUCCUCUAUGCUCUGUUGAGUUGGAGGAGCGGAGAAGCGAUGGCGGUGCACCCAUAGACUUCCCGAGCGAAGUGAAGUUGCUCUGAAAAUGUCAUUAGAUUCACGCGCGAGGAAAGUGCCGUUUUUCGAAAACUUUUGGAAAUCUCGCGGUUGACUGACUCGCGCGCGUGUGACCGGGAAGCGCCACAUUCUUUGCCCGAGCGACGUGUCCUUGGCGACGGCAGACUUUCGGGAGCCGCUGAUAUUUUGUGAACUUCGGAGAGGAGUCGGACGAGCUAACGCGUUAGCACGGCACUUAGCCUGUCGUGUUUAACUCAUACAACGUGUGUGUUUAGUAGCUAGGGUGGCUGGCUAUUUUUGUACAGGCAGAGAAGUUAAUAAUUUAACUUUAAAGAAGUACCUCAGGUGUUGAAAUAAUCGUGUGAACGUUUAGCUUGAUUCAUUCGCAUGGGAUGAGCAGGUACUUUGCACCUGUAGCCCCACGGCUUUGAAAACUUACGAGCUGGUAUGUUGUUGGAUAGUUUAUUUCUUUAAGUAGAGUUUAAUUGUCUUUAAAUUAAGACACACUUGCAUUUCCUGUUGCGUUUAAUUUAUUAGAUAGACUGAUAAUGUAGUUUAUACUGUCAGAAAUAAACUUCGCUGGUUUAUAAAACGCCGCGGCUAAUGCUGAUGUCCGAGUUUCACAGACACUUCGUGCUCCGAAAUAGUUUAGCUGGCUUAUGUGGAAACAAAGCAAUGAGUCUCUUAACCUCUGUUAAGCCAGACUUAACCUGAGCCACUCUCCAUUAAUGAAGCGUUCAUUUGAUAUAAAGUGGGAUUUGUGAGGACCUCCGCUCAGUCCAGUUGAAACGGUUUUGUUUAGACGCGUCAGGUUUUACUCUGAUUUGACAUCAGUGCACCCUAUGGUGCCCCUGCAGGCACCGAGACAUGGAUGUUCCCCAGGCCGUUUUCCCAAACGGUGAGGGGCGCCUGAGCCUCGACGACCAUGUCUGGACGGAGUCCACAAACUCGAGGGCUUGGGCUCAUUCUGCUCCCCUGUGUCCCCGCUCGCUCUGGACCGCGGUGUUUGACUAUGAGGCCAGCGGGGAGGACGAGCUCAGCCUGCGGCGAGGAGACGUGGUGGAGGUCCUGUCUAAAGACGCUGCCAUCUCGGGAGACGAAGGGUGGUGGACGGGAAAAAUUAACCAUCGCGUGGGCAUCUUCCCAUCUAAUUAUGUUACAUAUCAACCAGCCAUCUACAGGCUUCCCGCGGGCGCCGCGGUAGGGGCUCCGGAGACCGACCCGUCUGCCCCUGUUCGGAUACCGUUCUCUGAACUUAUUAUAGAAGAAAUAAUCGGCGUUGGUGGGUUUGGGAAAGUUUACAGGGGGAAUUGGAAAAACCAGGAGGUCGCAGUGAAGGCAGCUCGGCAGGACCCCGACGAAGACAUCAAAGCUACUGCGGACAGUGUUAAGCAAGAAGCCAAACUUUUCUCAAUGCUUCAACAUCCUAAUAUUAUUCAACUAGAGGGGGUGUGUUUGGAGGAGCCGAACCUGUGCUUAGUUAUGGAAUAUGCCCGAGGAGGGACUCUGAACCGUGCCUUAACGGGCAGAAAGAUCCCACCUCACAUCCUUGUGAACUGGGCCGUCCAGAUCGCCAGAGGCAUGCACUAUCUCCAUGAAGAGGCUGUAGUUCCCAUCAUUCAUCGCGACCUGAAGUCCAGCAACAUUUUAUUACUUGAAAAAAUCGAAAAUGACGACAUUGGUCGAAAAACCCUGAAGAUUACUGACUUUGGCCUGGCUCGGGAGUGGCACAAAACAACCAAGAUGAGUGCAGCUGGCACUUACUCCUGGAUGGCUCCUGAGGUCAUCAAAUCCUCCCUGUUUUCCAAAGGGAGUGAUGUCUGGAGUUAUGGUGUCCUGCUUUGGGAAUUAUUGACUGGAGAGGUUCCUUACCGAGGAAUUGAUGGCUUGGCGGUUGCCUAUGGUGUGGCUGUCAACAAAUUAACCCUUCCCAUUCCAUCUACUUGUCCCGAGCCUUUUGCCAAGCUCAUGGAAGAAUGCUGGGAGCAGGAUCCUCAUAUCCGUCCAUCCUUUUCUGCCAUCUUGGAGCAGCUGAUUGCCAUAGAGGAGGCAGUGAUGGCCACAAUGCCACAGGACUCCUUCCACUCAAUGCAGGAGGACUGGAGAGUGGAAAUCCAGGAAAUGUUUGAUGAGUUACGCACUAAAGAAAAGGAGCUCCGUUCUCGUGAGGAAGAGCUGACACGAGCGGCCCUUCAGCAGAAGUCUCAAGAGGAGCUGUUGAAGAGGAGGGAACAGCAGCUGGCCGAGCGAGAGAUCAACGUUCUUGAACGGGAACUCAACAUUCUCAUUUUCCAACUCAACAAGGACAAGCCCAACGUUAAGAAACGAAAGGGCAAGUUCAAGCGCAGUCGCCUUAAACUCAAAGACGGAAAUCGCAUCAGCUUACCGUCAGAUUUUCAACAUAAGAUCACAGUUCAGGCCUCUCCCACCAUGGACAAGAGAAGAAGCCUCAACAGCACCAACUCCAGCCCUCCCAGCAGCCCUACAAUGAUUCCACGUCUCCGAGCCAUCCAGUUGAGCCACCCAUGUGACACUAGCCGAAGGGAGAGUAUGUUUGUGUAUCACCAGGAUGUGGAUAUCACAAGCGAGUGUAAACCUCCUAGCGGUUUUAGGAAGAAAGUGACCCUGGAUGAGAGCAAUAGAACAUGGGGCCGGAGCACCAAUUACAAACCUGAGGAUUUUGAAGAUGUUAAAAAAGGGAUUAAGAAGAAGGGACGCACAUGGGGACCAAGCUCCGUACAGACGAAGGAAAGAGGAAAUUGUGCCGAAAGAGUUCGACCUCUCUCUGAUGGAAGCAGUCCCUGGUCCACGAGUCUCAUGAAGGGCCAGAAAUCUGUUCCAUUGGCUGCCUUAUUUGCAGAGCAGGCAACCAGUAAAGAUGAAUCAUGUCCGGCUGAUGGAUCUGACAACAAACCAAAGCAAUUCAAGUUCCCCAACCAGGUGUAUAUCGAUCUACCUCUGUGGAAAGAUGAACAGGGGGACAGCCAGGGUCCGGCUGGAGGAGGUGAGAGCCAGGACGACCCAACAACAUCCACAAGUUCCACCAGCACCACGCCCCAGCACACACCCACCAACAGCCUUAAACGAGCUACCACACGCCGGCGCACAGACUCUGUCCUUUACGGCUGCGCCUCCAUCCUGGCAUCCGUCGCGCUUGGCUUUGACCUGCGGGAGGUCUGUAAGGCCGCCCCCACCAACGAGGAACCAGAGCCACGUGAGGAGAAGAAGAAACGAGAGGGACUUUUUCAACGUGCUACUCGCUUCCGUCGCAGCACCAGCCCACCUGGGGGCCGUUCACGGAAGGAUGAGGUCCCUGCUGCAGGGCCUGUCAACCUGCUCGCCAUGUCAUCAAUUUCUGAGUGCAACUCCACCAAGUGCCUCCUGCAUUCAGAUUUUGAGUACAGCCCGGUGAAAGAGUCUCCACCCAGCAGUCUGCAGAUUCAGAAUACGAGCGUGGCGACCCCAGCAACAAGUGACGCUACUCCCUCAACCCCCUUACAAGAUAAUUUAACUGGAUCCAACUCUCGGCUUAGGAGAAAGAAGUCCAGCCCUGCGGUGUGUCAGACAACUAACGGCAACAGUAACUCCCAGACCAAUCCAGUUGAUUCUUAUACCACCGCUUCCUCCUUAAAAAAGAAACCUGAACCUUCUCAAGAGAAGCAAACCACCAGUGAACCAGUAUCCAGACCCAGACCACUUUCCCUAAGAGGCAAGUCUCAUUCCUGGGGACUUCUUAAGAGUCGCAACAAGACCUAUUCUCUGGGGCACUGCUCUGGGGGCAAAAGUGCCCAAAACUUGGACAUUUCCUUCUCUUCGGACAUCAAAAUGGACUGCUCAUUGCUGGAUGUGGACACUGAGGGUCAAAAACGAGACUGCACAGUUCCCCUCUGUCGAAUACAGAGCGCCCCAGGUCGGCCUUCUGUCUUUGAGCUAGAGAAAGAGUUUUUCUCCUGAAAUAAGCUGCCUUUUCAUCUGGACGCAUUUUUAACUUGAAUUUGUUUAUUUCUCUUCCUGAAGAUUAACAUCAUGGCCUUUGAUCGAUAUUUGAGCCAUUGCUGCUGGAGUUAAUCUGUAGUGUGUUUAUUUAUAUUCUGUUUACUUUGAUAUGUAAUUUAAGAUGAAGUGACAUAUAUGAAGUAAAUGAUCAACAUUCCACUGGAUUUACAGUAGAAGUGCUGGUUUGUAGCUUUUAAGCAAUAACUUACUAUUUGUAAACAUUUUACACCGAUGAACAGUAUCUCUUCUUUUAGAAACUAAAGUAUUCAGGCAUUUUUGUCAUCUGUUUCUGUGUCGUGUAAUGUCAUGUGAAAGACAUAAACAGGGCCCACAGUGUUUUUAUAAAUAAUAUUAGAUGUUGGAGUAAAGAACUGUUCAGUUCUUCAGUACAGUGGCAUACUGUAGCUAAUGUGAAUGAACAAACUGAUUCCUGAAACAAGCAGACAUUAGCAUAAAAUUAUAUUUUUUAUUUGGUUGGUUGGUAUGGUCUUUGAAAGGUAGCCUGUGUUGGAAACCAAUUCAGUGACUUGCAUUAUUAUCUACUAGGAUAAAAUAUUUUUAUCUUCAUGACCUUGCAUUCCAGGCAUUCCCUAUAUGACCUUUGAAUUCAGAUCAAUUUUAUAGGUUACAUAUAACUCAUGUUAUGUAUUUUGUAUUCGUGAGACACUGUCUUAAAGGGACAUUCCACUUUUUUUGAAAAUAUGCUGAUUUUCCAGCUCACCUAGAGUUAAACAUUUGAUUCUUACCGUUUUGGAAUCCAUUCAGCUGAUCUCCGGGUCUGGCGCUAGCACUUUUAGCAUAGCUUAGCACAAUCCAUUAAUUUCGAUUAGACCAUUAGCAUCGUGCUAAAAAAGAACCAAAGAGUUUCGAUAUUUUUCCUAUUUAAAACUUGACUCUUCUGUAGUUGCAUCGUGUACUAAGACCGACAGAAAAUUAAAAACUGGGAUUUUCUAGGCAAAUAUGACUAGGAACUAUACUCUCAAACUGGCGUAAUAAUCAGUGACUUUGCUGAUGUAACAUGGCUGCAGCAGGCGUAGUGAUAUUACGCAGCAGCCGAAAAUAGUCCCCUUGGUUACUUUCAAUGGCAGGGGACUAUUUUCGGGCGCUGCGUAAUAUCACUACGCCAGAAUGAGAGUAUAGUUCCUAUAGCCAUAUCUGCCUAGAAAAUCUCAACUUUUCAUUUUCUGUCGGUCUUAGUACACGAUGUAACUACAGAAGAGUCUAGUUUUAAAUAGGAAAAAUAUCAAAACUCUUUCGUUAUUUUUUAGCGCGAUGCUAAUGGUCUAAUCAGAUUCAAUGGAUUGUGCUAAGCUAUGCUAAAAGUGCUAGCGCCAGACCCAGAGAUCAGCUGAAUGGAUUCCAAAAUGGUAAAAAUCAAAUGUUUAGGGGAGCUGGAAAAUUAUCAUAUUUUCAAAAAAAAGUGGAAUGUCUCUUUAACUGUGGUCAUUGUCAAUCUCUAAUGAGAAUGCACAGCACCAUUAAUGUGUCUGUUAAUAUUGUCAUCAUUUAAUUCUUUAAAAGUACUUUUAACUUUGUGUCAAAUACUACAUUCCACUAUAAAUUAAGAUUAUACCACUCUUACAGAAAAAGCACAUGCAUUUUCUCAUGGGUUUUUACUUAGGAAUUUACAUGGAAUUCACAUAAAACAUUCCCAAACCACAUUUCACAUGUGAUCAUGUGUUUUGGCAAAUGUGGUUACCACUUAAGUAACAUUUGAUUUUUGAAUCUGCACUGCAGUAGGUUAAUAAAACAUGAUCUGUGUGUUUACUCAUCAUUUGGUUUUCAUUCCAUCUUAUGCUGCCGUAAAACCCAAAUCAUCUUUUAAAUGUCAAUCGUUAUAUUUAUAAUAUUCCCAAUCCCAGACUAAAUGAUUAUUUUAUUGUCUAGUGUGCAGUCAAGUAGAACAGUAUCUGUUUUUUUAAGCAUGCUACCUGACUGCUAAAUUGUUUUGUACCUUUUCAACAUGUGUAGACUGUAAAUGUUAUUCAAUGCAACUCAAUGAACUCUUGAAUAGAUGCGAGAUGACCUCCCACACACAGUAUUGAAAUUGUAUUUCUAGUUAUAGGAACUAGAAUUAUGUGAUUCAUAAGAAACAUGUUGCUUGUUCAGAAAAUGUCAGAGGUUUUUACACUGACCACCAGUAUCAUUUGUUAAAAACCCAUUGUGUGGUAAUAUUUAAAGGAAGAACAAAAUGUCAUGUGUGGCACUGGAUUUUUUAUUUUGAACCAUGUAAUGAUUUAUGUUCUUGUUAUUAUCUUAUGAUAUUGCAACUGGCUUUUUCACAGGACUAGAUUAAUGUUUUCAUGGUUUAGAUAAAUAACAGCACAUUAGGAUUCAUAUGAACUCAAGAGACAUUGUGGUGCCUCUUUUUUAUGUCUUGCAAUGAUUAUUACUUUUAAGAUUAAAUAAUAAUAUGCCUCUAAUAGAAGACCUGCAGCAAUCCAACCCUCAAGGCAGUUUCAUUUUUUAAGAACAUAAAAGUGUCUUAAGAAAACAUGAAUGUUUUCACCAAAGUUGCCUAUCUUGGGAACAUGGUUCAGUAGAUGGAUUUGAAACAUUGUUACAUAAUACACAUGCAUUGCAAUUCAUUUACUGUUUCUGCUGUUUCUCUGUUUUCAAACAAUGUAUUACGCAUGUGACCAAUUUAAUGUUGAAAGCUGUGCUGAAGUGGACUGAUGAUGGUUCACCAAACUGGUUAGUUGCUCCAGGAGGGCUCAAAGAGAAAAGGGCUGAGCCCGCAGUCGUAUCAUAUCGAAUUCUUUUAUUUUACUGUAUACAGAUGACCAAUAAAUCCUUUAUACAACA